GUGGUCGGGGGCCUCGGGGUGGGUCUGGGGGCGAUGCCGGUGCGGUGGUGCCACACGGACUGCUUGGAGCGGCCUCUGUCGCGCGCCCUGCGGGCCGUGGGCGCCUGCGUGGGCUCCCACCCGUGGCUCUUCCUGCUGGGGCCCUUGGUGCUGUCGGCGGCCCUGGGCAGCGGCUUCAUCCUGGCCUCCGUGCGGGAGAGCAAAGACCUGGAGCUGCAGUUCACGCCGGUGGACGGGCCGGCCAAGAAGGAGCGGCGCUUCGUGCAGGCGCACUUCCCCAGCGACGACGCGCAGCGCUUCUCCGGGCAGCGCCUCAGCAGCAUGGGCACCUACGCCACCUUCCUGGCCGCGUCGUCGGCGGAGAACGGCUCGGUCCUGACCCGCCAAGCGCUCUCGGAGCUGCUGGCGCUGGACGCGGCGGUGCGGCGGGUGCGGAGCCGGGACGGGCUGACCUUCGCGGACCUGUGCGCCAAGAGCGGCGGGCGCUGCUGGGAGCCCAACCCGCUCUUCGCCGCCCUGCAGGGGGACGCCGCGCGCAUCGAGGCGCUGCUGCCCACGCUCACCUUCCCCAUCUACGACGGCCGCGUCUUCCUGGGCUUCUUCCUCGGGGGGCUCUCCUUGGGGCCCGGGCCAAAGGUGACGCGCCCCGUCCGGGCGGCCAAGGCGCUGCGCCUCAUCUACUUCCUGCAGGAGGACCGCCAGGACAUGAGCCAGGCCAGCCAGCGCUGGCUCGAGAGCUUCCUGGACAGCGCGCCCCGCCUCGCCCGCGCCCUCAACCUCUCCACCGUCCAGGUAGUCUAUUUUUCCUCAAUAUCCAGACAGAAGGAAUUUGAAAAACUUGCCGAGGAUGUGGUCCCAUUGGUGUCUGUUGCAUAUUUUUUAACAAUAAUAUUUUCAAUAUUAUCAUGUGCAAGGUUAGACACUGUCCGGACAAAAGUAUGGGUCGCAGCUUUCGGGGUGAUGUCAUCAGGCUUAGCUGUCGUCAGCAGUUUUGGCUUGUUGUUGUAUUGUGGGGUCCCCUUUGUUAUCACAGCUGCGAAUUCACCAUUUCUUAUACUCGGAAUUGGCAUUGAUGAUAUGUUCAUCCUGGUGUCCUGCUGGCAACGUACGCAAGUAAAGCAGAGCAUCAGAGACCGGAUGGCUGAUGCUUAUGCAGAAGCAGCUGUGUCGGUUACCAUCACAACUCUUACUGAUGUUCUGGCCUUCUACAUUGGAAUUGCAACCGCCUUCCCAUCAGUUCAGUCAUUUUGCAUCUAUACUGGGACAGCCUUCCUCUUCUGCUUCACAUACAACCUUACAUUCCUUGGGGCUGUCCUUGCUCUAAAUGGUAAAAGAGAAGAAAGCAACAGACAUUGGCUCACCUUCAUAAAAGUCUCUGCGGAGCCUCAGGAUUCUCAGAGUUGUUUUUAUCGUAUGUGUUGCACAGGAGGAUUUUUUGAUGAGACAACCGGAACAGAGCUAGAACAUCCCAUGGAUAUAUUCUUUAGAAAGUAUUAUGGACCUUUCGUCAUGAACAAUUGGGCCAAGGCAUUUGUAGUAAUCUUGUAUUUGCUUUACAUAGGGAGCAGUACCUAUGGGUGUAUACAAGUGAAAGAAGGUAUGGAUCUUCGACAUGUAGCUGUUGAUAAUUCAUACAUCAUUCCAUAUUAUGACUUUGAAGAUCAAUACUUUUCCCAGUAUGGUCCAAGAGUUAUGGUUAUUGUUACCGAAAAUGUAACAUAUUGGGAUAAAUCUGUUCGUCAAGAUAUUGAUGACUGCAUGAAGGCAUUUGAAAAAUCACCCUUCAUAGAGGAGAGUUUAUCAGAUUCAUGGCUCAGGAUUUAUGUAAUAAUCGCUGCGGGCAUGACUCUAGAUAUAAACAAUCGCGAUGACUUCAUUGGAAAUCUACCUACCCUGUUUUCAUUAAGUCCUGACUAUAAGUGGGAUGUUAAAUUUAAUGCUACUGAAAUAUCAGCUUCACGGUUUUUCAUACAAACUAUCAAUGUUAGAACUACAGUGGAUGAGAAAAAUCUCCUAAUUGAACUAAGAAAAACUGCUGGAGAAUGCAAAAUUCCACUGAUGGUGUAUCAUCCAGCUUUUAUAUUAUUUGAUCAAUUUCUUGUGAUAAUUAUCAACACCAUUCAAAAUGUUGUGAUUGCCACUGGUGCCAUGUUAGUUGUUUCCUUGCUGCUGAUUCCCAAUCCUUUCUGCUCUUUUUGGGUAACUUUUGCGAUUGUCUCUGUUAUUGUUGGUGUGUCUGGUUACAUGUUCUACUGGGGCAUUAAUCUUGACUCCAUAUCUAUGAUCAACCUUGUUAUCUGCAUAGGAUUUUCUGUAGAUUACUCAGCACAUAUUUCUUAUGCUUUUGUUUCCAGCGAGAAGAUCCAAAUGAAUGAGAAGGCAGCGGAUGCCCUAGAUCGACUUGGUUAUCCUAUAGUGCAGUCAGCUUGUUCCACCCUUGUGGGAGUCUUUGUACUAUCAUUGGCAAACACACAUGUCUUCAGAAUCUGUUUUAAGAUAAUAUUUCUAGUGAUUGUGUUUGGGCUUGCUCAUGGUCUCCUUUUUAUUCCUGUGUUCUUAACUUUCUUUAAAAGCUGCGCCUAAUUGUUAAACAGAUGGCAUCAAAAAAUAAUGAUGUCAACAGUCCCCUAGUGUUAAGGAGUGCCAUUUUUUUUUAGAUCAAAACACUAGAAAUGAGGCUACUGUUCAUAUAAAAAAAUUAAUAAUUGCUGCCAUAAAUCCAAGGCCUUAUGGUCAUGUGGCUUUUUAAUGAAUAAGGAAGGCAUCUCACUUUGAUUUCUUCUGUAGUACAAGAACUGCUCUUUAGCAAAGACUACCUAUUUUCAGUAGAACGUAAUAGACUUAUUUAUAAUAGAAGAUUUGUUGGAAGGAACAUCACAUGUUUGUACAUUAUGACAUAUUACAAGAAUUCGUGUACAAUGUGGUAUACCCCUAAAUUAAUACAGAAUGAGAUAAAGGGGUUUAUUUGGAGCCAUUCUGCUUAACAGUAUACAGCACUGUGACGAUUCAAUGACCUUCCUGUAUUAGUCUUGGAUGAUGCUCACACUCAAAGUCAUGCCGAUCAUAAAAUAAAUAUGGAAAAAAAGAUGGGAUACAGAAAGGAUGAGGGGAAAGUGAUGUGCCAAAUCCAGUAUAUGUCAAAUCAAGUCCAGGUCUAAAUGUCAAAGGAAGUAGACCCAUCUUGGAAGGAGACAAGGCUCUUAUUUUUUAACAAGGGAAGUCUAUGUUAUGUACUCCCCCAGUUCAAAGUUCCUUUCAUCUAUAAAUGAGAUGGGACCAUCAAAGUAUGAUAUAUCAGAAGUAAAUAUUCAGCAAAGUUCAUAGCUUCAAAGGUUUGAGUAAGCAAUGCCCUUGUAAAAACAAGACUCAGUGCCAAGAGGACUGAUUUGCAUAUAAAGCUAAUGUCUCUGUCUUGUGUGAGUAUUCCAAUAUUCACAAGUAAAUUAUUCUGCUCAGUUCAUUUAUUGAUUUUGUUUAGUUUUUGUUCCAUCCCACCUUUUCAGAAAAGAGCAUGAGGUGUUUAGUGUUCAUGCACAACCAUCACUGGCUAACAGUAAAGAACACGACUGACCAGAAAAAUAAGAGCUCUGUCUUGUGUUUCAUCUCAAGGUGGACUUAGGCUUUCUUUUAACUCUGUAGCUAUAUUGUAUUUGGCUGUUGUGUGUGUCAUUUAGCUACAUUUAUCUGUGCUGCAUAAUUACAACAGUUCUUUCUGAGACGUCAAUACGAGGGGUGCAUAAUAAACAACAUAUAUUUAUUUA